AUGGCGAGUAUCGAGCUGAAAGCUCUCCAUAUCGAAAGAGGUAUCUGCAAGAGGAUGCUCACAAACAUUGAGAGAAGAGUCUCUGAGACUUCAAGCUUCACUGAGCAGUUGAUUGAUGUACUUCUUGGCGAAGUCCAGUCUACACUGAAUAGGUUUACACCAAUUCAGACACAAAUUGAGAUUUUCGUUGAUGACGAUCCCAAAUUGAAAGUUCACGAAGAGAAUGAGGGUGACUCAUUCAACAACAGAUGCGUGGAUCUUCGACUCAAACUUGGGCACAUUGCUGAAACAUGCAAAGGGAGUUCGAACGGAAGUCUUCCACAGCAAGAGGCUUUGGACAGUAGCAUCGCUGAUGUUCUACUAAAACAAACGGAUCUUUUGGAUAAGAUCGCUGAGUGGCAGAGGUCUAGCCCAGGAGCAACCAAUUCUGAGAGUAGUGCAACACGCUCCAAACUGCCACAAUUGAACCUUCCGUCUUUUGAUGGAAAAUACAUAGAUUGGCCGCAAUUCAGGGACGCAUUUGAGAAUGCCAUUCACAACAACGAUUCUCUCAGAGAUAGUGAAAAGAUGCAGUAUUUGAAGAUGUAUCUAACUGGAGGUGCUGCUGCGGACAUCAGUACUAUACCGAUCUCCAAUCAGACUUAUCAAUCUACCUGGGACAGUCUGAAGGCUCAGUACAACAAAAAGGUUCACCUCGUGAAUGCAUACAUCCAACAGUUUAUGGCACAAACUCAAAAGAAGGUCGAAAAUGCGUCAGAUUUGCAAUCUGCUAGUAGGAGAUACAAGCAGAUCGUUGAUGGUCUCAGAGCUUUGGGACCCGAGUGCUUCUCGCUCGACAUGUGGCUCAUUUAUUUGAUGAAAUUAAAUAUGAGCGAGAACUUCAGGCAAGAGUGGGAGAAAGGACGAAGUGCAGAUCAGAUGUCAACAAUCGAUGAAUUCUUCAAAUUCAUGAGUGACGUGACAGAUGUUAUGGAACGUGCUUCUCAUGGCACUUCUCCUGCCCCACCUUCAGUGCAAAAGACUACCAACAAGUCAAACAAGUCUGGGUUUAAGACCCACCACACGAAUGCUACAAAAUGUCCGGAAUGCGAGGGUGAACAUGCUUUGCCACAAUGUGAGAAGUUCCUGGCACUUUCGCUCUACGAGAGGCGUGAAAGGAUGGCACAACAUCAUCUUUGCUACAACUGUAUGAAACCACAUCAUUCAGCUGCCAAGUGUCAAUCCAAGGGGAAGUGUCAGAAGUGCGGUAGGAGGCAUCACACUCUGCUACACCCUCCAAAGAUGGAUCCAGUUCCGGAAGAGAUUGAUCAAUCUGUGAAACCUCAGGUGAAACCAGUAGCCGCAAAGGAAGUUGUACCUCAGUCACAGAAGACUCCUGAACAGUCACCAACUACUUCUUCAACCAUCACAACUCAUCACUCCGCAGUUCACCGCAAGGCAUUACUGCCAACCGCUAUUGUCAACGUGAGGGAUGUUUACGGCAAGUAUCAGGCUUGUCGAGUGCUUAUUGAUGGCGGAGGAGAGUGCACGAUGAUGUCAGAAGAGUGCGCUCAGAGACUUGCGUUGCCUAGAUCCAAAGCUAGGAUUGCUGUUCAUGGAGCUGGAGAAGUGAAUGUAGGCUACACAAGGGGGCUAGUCCACCUGGAAGUCGUCUCAAGAUAUGAUCCGAAUGACAAAGUCGAGGUUCAAGCUUAUGUUAUGGAAAAGGUUACUUCCAAGUUGCCUUCCGUGGAUCUCUCAGGGUUUAAGUGGGAUCAUAUCAAGAGCCUGCAGCUUGCUGAUCCUCAAUAUACCGUUCCGGGAAAGAUAGACAUCAUUCUUGGGGCUGAAUAUGCUUUUGAGAUCAACUUGCCGCAAACACUCAAAGGGGACUCUGGACAACCAAUAGCUCAGCUUACCAUUUUCGGAUGGAUUGUGGGUGGUCGGAUCGAUAGCCCACUCAACAGCAUCACUUCACUGCAUACGCAUUACAAUUUGGAUGAGAUGCUAAAGAGAUUUUGGGAGGUUGAGGAAAGCCACCUCGACAAACAACCUCUACUUACAGAGGAAGAAGUCAUGUGUGAAGAACACUUCACACAAACACACUCAAGGGACGACACAGGCCGUUAUGUCGUCAAAUUACCAUUCAAAAAGGAUCACAAACCAUUGGGAAAUUCAAGCUCAACAGCGCUAGCUCGUUUCCAAUCAUUGGAAAGAAAGCUAUCCCGAGACCCAGACUUCCAUGAGCAAUACAAGGCGUUCAUGGGGGAAUAUAUCGGCUUGAAUCAUAUGGAACUAGUGACUGGACAUGAUCUGAAACCUGAGGAUGAAUCGUAUUUCUUGCCACAUCAAGCUGUUCUCAGACCUACAAGUGAGACAACCAAACUGAGAGUUGUCUUUGAUGCGUCAGCAACCACUCGCCCGAACAAUCCUUCGCUCAAUGAUAUACUGGCGAUUGGUCCUACCCGACAAGAUGAUCUGCUUGUGUUGCUUUUGCGUUUUCGAACGCACAAAGUAGCUAUGUCCGCUGACGUAGAGAAGAUGUACAGACAGAUCCUGGUUGCAAGCGAGGACAGAGAUUACCAAAGAGUGUUCUGGAGGACAAAUUUUCAGGAGAAGAUUCAGAUCUUUCGACUCUGUACCGUGACGUAUGGUACGUCAAGUGCACCGUUUCUUGCUGUGAGAGUUCUUCAUCAAAUAGCUAUGGACUACAAGGAUGAUUAUCCAGAGGCCUGUGAAGUUAUCUCCACAUCAUUUUACAUGGAUGAUUUGCUAUGUGGAGCUGAGUCCAUCGAAGACGGCAAGAAACUUCAAAAGGAGAUCCAGGAUGUUCUAGGCAAGGGACAUUUUGUUCUUAGAAAAUGGGCAUCUAACUCUAGUGAGGUUCUAGAUCAAGUUCCGCCUGAUCUCCAAGCUAUUACACCCGACGAGGUCAAAGCACACACCAAAUCGAUCUCAGCCCUUGGGCUUAAGUGGUCACCAGGUCCAGACAACUUUUCUUUGGUUAUUGAUGCUCUACCCCUGGUAAGGACGAAACGCGAUUUGUGUGCUGCUGCAGCGAAGGUGUUUGACCCAUUGGGAUUUAUCUGCCCUGUCACGAUAAAUCUAAAGAUGAUGUUCCAAUCUCUUUGGCUGAUUCCUAAUCUUCAAUGGGACGAUGAUCUGCCAGAUGAUACAGCGAAAUCGUAUGAGAGAGUGCAGACUGAAUUUUCUUUAAUUCAGAAAAUAGUCAUUCCGAGAGCGAUUCCAACCCAGAAAGAUGUGAUUGAAAUUCAUGGAUUCGCUGAUGCAUCAGAACGAGCGUACGGAGCUGUCAUCUACGCAAAGGGUAUGGAUGCUGAUGGGAACAUCGAGAUCAACAUUGUGAUUGCCAAAUCCAAAGUGGCUCCCCUAAAACCAAUCACAAUCCCAAGAAUGGAGCUAAAUGCUGCUGUUUUGCUUACACAACUGGUCACAAAGGUCAAAGAUUCUCUGGGAAACAAGAUGGUGGAAGUUCAUGCGUGGUCUGAUUCAACAAUUGUUCUUCAAUGGCUUCAAGAACCACCCAGGACAUGGAACAAUUAUGUAGCUAGGCGUGUUUACGCUAUUCAAGAGGUCGUUCCACCUACUCAUUGGCGCCAUGUGCCUACGGCACAGAAUCCUGCAGAUUGCAUUUCCAGAGGAGUAUCCCCAAAGGAGCUUUCGGAGCACACCUUGUGGUGGCAUGGACCACAAUGGCUCAGUGAGAAUGAAGAGAAGUGGCCAGAGAACAAGGUGAAGAGGGGGAAAACAGGCGAAGAGAGAUCAUCCCAUGCAGUUUCCCUCGUGACGCAAAACCAAGUCGACCCUCUUGAUCUGCUGAUUGAGAGAACUUCCGGACAUCUGAAGACUGUGCGGUAUCUAGCUUACUGGUUCCGUUUUAUUGGGAAUUUGAGAGUCAAGAAAGAGGAGCGAAAAACGGAUUUCCUGACAGUUAGUGAGUUGCAGAAUGCCACAACUUGUAUUCUGAAACAUAUUCAGCAGAAAGUAUUUCCGGUUGAAUACAAGAGCUGUGGACAAGGACACCCUCUUCCGAGAUCGAGGCCGACUGGCAAACUCAAACAUGGAUUACUCCACACAGCACCCCAUCAUUUUGCCAUCUGCUGA